AUGAAAGCUACUGCUGCCAGAUUAUUUCAAGAGUCGCCUAUUUCUUUUUUGACUAGACCCUGGAUCAAGAACCGUGAUGGGACUUUAUUCUAUGGUAUCUCGAAGACCGGUAACAGGCGUACUGCUUUGACUACUAAACAAGGUAACAAGACGAUGUACAAAGGUACUAGAUCUUCAGGUAUCGGUAAACACACUACGUUGGGUAAAUAUAUGAUCGAUUGGGUUAAAGUGCGUACUUUCAAAACUCCUAGUGUGAUGAACACUGAUCUUAAACCAUUGGUCAGCGAUGAAGUUCCGGAGUUGGCACAUACAUUUAAAGGUUAUCAAAAAGGUCCACAUGAUACGAAACUAUAUUUUGAUAAGUUAAGAAAUUAUAUUAAGAAUGGUGAAGUGCAAACUGCUGCAACAGAUGCAAAAUGUUAUGUAGAGAGAGGUUAA